AUCGGUGGUGGCGGCGUCACCUAGGCAGCUGCCUCUCGGCGCUAUGCGAGGCCUCGGGCCAGGUCUGGCGGCGCGGCGACUCCUCCCGCUGCGGUUACCCCCGCGGCCGCAGCGGCCACCCGGUCCCCAGCUGUCGAGCGGGCCGACGGUGGCGGGCGCCCUGGUCCGGGCCAUGGACGAGCUGCUGCGUCGCGCCGUGCCCGCGACGCCGGUCUACGAGCUGCGGGAGAAGACGCCGGCGCCCGCCGAGGGCCAGUGCGCGGACUUCGUGAGCUUCUACGGCGGCCUGACCGAGGUGGCCGAGCGCGCCGAGCUGCUGGGCCGCCUGGCGCAGGACUUCGGCGUGGACCACGGCCAGGUGGCCGAGCAGAGCGCCGGCGUGCUCCAGCUGCGCCAGCAGCCGCGGGAGGCGGCCGUGCUGCUGCAGGCCGAGGACCGGCUGCGCUACGCCCUGGUGCCGCGCUACCGCGGCCUCUUCCACCACAUCAGCAAGCUGGACGGCGGCGUGCGCUUCCUGGUGCAGCUGCGGGCCGACCUGAUCGAGGCGCAGGCCCUCAAGCUGGUGGAGGGGCCGCACGUCCGGGAAAUGAAUGGUGUGCUGAAAGGCAUGCUCACGGAGUGGUUUUCUUCGGGAUUCCUAAACCUCGAACGGGUGACCUGGCAUUCGCCAUGUGAAGUGCUUCAGAAAAUCAGUGAGUCGGAGGCUGUGCACCCUGUAAAAAAUUGGAUGGAUAUAAAACAACGUGUUGGACCAUACAGAAGAUGUUACUUCUUUUCUCACUGUUCCACCCCUGAGGAGCCCCUGGUGGUCUUGCAUGUGGCGCUGACCAGUGACAUCUCCAACAACAUUCAGUCAAUAGUGAAGGAGUGUCCUCCGACAGAAACAGAGGAGAAGAACAAAAUUGCCGCCGCCAUAUUUUAUUCCAUCAGUCUGACCCAGCAAGGCCUGCAGGGGGUAGAGCUGGGGACCUUCCUCAUAAAGCGCGUGGUGAAGGAGCUGCAGAAAGAGUUUCCUCACCUUGGGACAUUUUCAAGUCUGUCUCCUAUACCUGGCUUCACCAAAUGGCUCCUGGGGCUUCUGAACUCACAAGCAAAGGAUCAUGGGAGGAAUGAAUUAUUUACAGAUUCUGAGUGUAAAGAAAUCUCUGAGAUCACAGGGAGUCCCCUUAAUGAGACCCUCAAGGUCCUUCUCAGCAGUAAUGAAUGGGCGACAUCUGAAAAGCUGGCCAAGGCACUCCAGGCCCCCCUGAUGAGGCUCUGUGCCUGGUACCUGUAUGGAGAGAAGCACCGGGGCUACGCCCUGAACCCCGUGGCAAACUUCCACCUGCAGAACGGGGCAGUGAUGUGGCGCAUCAACUGGAUGGCAGACCUCAGCUUCAAGGGCAUCACUGGCUCGUGUGGCAUGAUGGUCAACUACCGGUACUACCUGGAGGAGACGGCCACCAACAGCACCACCUACCUCGGCUCAAAGAACAUCAAGGCUUCUGAGCAGGUCCUCAGCCUGGUGGCCCAGUUCCAGAAGAACAGCAAACUUUAAACCUUGCCUGAAGCAGACGUAACGUCCCGGCUCCGAAAAGCAUAAUUUUCUGGGUGGGUCGGGUGGUGGUGGUGAUGAUGUAUCAAAAGGGAACUCUUUUAGUAAAGCAAAGUGACACUGUGUUCUCUUGCCCACAGCAGGGUUACACGGCAGGCAGGGCCCUAACUUCCACGAUGCAAGGAAAGGUGCGGGCCCUGACAGACUGGGCGGGGAUGCAGUGCUUUCUCCCAAAGAUUCUCUUGUUGCCUUUGGCCUGGCUCCCUGCCCAGGGUCGGUGCUGUGGCCCCUGUGGCUUCCGAACGCUUUGGAGCCUCUGCCGGCUGUCAUCCCAGGUGGAUCAGUCAGCCUCACAAGGAUGCAGGCACAUGGCCCUGGUGAGAACAGAUUUUUCUUCAAGCUUAGAACAUAAUUCAGCCGUGGUGACUUGAGCCACUGCUCUCCACUCAUGGCGAAGGGAUAGAGGGCUAUGCUACGACUUACUAGUUAUAUUUUGGAGAUUGCAAAUGUAUGGAAAGGUUCAUGACUUUGCACAGAGUUUACUAAGUUAAAUCACUGAACACCAAAGGUGGUGUUGCUUAGGGCUUAAAAUCAGUUAUGGACUUUAAAUUUUUUAGUGAUUCAAGUUCAUAAUGAACUUAAUAGUAAAGAACAUGUUUGUUCUGCAAAGCAUUAAACACAUUUAAGAUCA